AUGGAGUGGGAGGUGGGCUCUGGCCGUGUGUAUAAGAAGCUCUUCAAGCUUAUGCGGCACGUUCGAGAGCAAAACCCAGAGCCGGAGCGCAAACUCAAGGGUAUUUGCAAGAUCGUGGCAGAGAGGAAUAAGCUAUGUGCGGCAGAUGCAGACGAGGAGGAGCAGGAAGAUGAAUGCGGGGAUGAGGGAGAACAGGGAGAGGAGGAAGAGAUGGAAGAUGAUGAGUGUGUGGAUGUUGAGGAUGUAAAGAAGGAUGAGCCCAAGCUCGUCAAGACUCCUCGGGAGUCUCCCGUGCGACGCCUCGCACAGAAGACGGCGGCCAGCUGCGAGGAGGUUCUUUUCCUCGGCACGAAGAAGUCGAAGGAGAAAGAGGAGCUGGAUAAUGUUUUGGAAAAGAUAAAACUUCUUCAAAUCGCUCGGUCUGAUGAGACUCAGCCCAUCGACAUCAAUCUUGUGGAGACCCCCCCGAGCACCUGCAGGCGAAGCCAGGAUUCCACGCCGCCAGCUGCCGCCACGAUGGCAAAGGGGAAGCCGCUGCCAAAGGAUACGGCUGAUCUGCCAGAGGUGGAUCCCUUCCUGCAGAAGCAGCUACGAGCGACUAAGAAGAAAACCUUGGUCAAAGGCAAGCCCAAAAAAACUCCCGCAAAUCCCAAGAAGGCUGCCAAGCCCAAGAAGGCUGCCCAGCCCAAGAAGGCUGCCGCAACGAAGGACAAGAAGCUUAAGGGAAAUGCCAAGGGUGACGCAGCAGCAGCCUCGAAGAAGACGAGCCCGAAGAAUGCCAAGGCGAAGCCUCCCAAGCCGGAUGAUGAUGUUGGCGAGGGUGAGGGUGAAAGACAGCUGGGGUGCCCCACAUGUCGCUUUGGACGCUUAGGCUGCAAGAAAUGCAGGAAUCCGAACUACAGGUCGUUCACCGUCAAGAUGGGGAAGCUCCUGAAGGGGAAGCCGCAACGUGCCCCAGUCCUCACAACGAUAUUUACCGUUGUGGCCUACAUGCCGCUUGAUUAUACCGAGGAGUAUGAAGCCAUGGAGUUAUUUGUGGGGCAGAAAGCUGUGACCACUACGAUGAAUGCCCACGGCCUGAGGGUGGCCUCGAUUGUUUGGGGGCCAGACUCUCUUGAUCUGAUGUGUCAUGGCUUCGAGCUGGCACUGACACUACAGCUGGCAGGGGCUAUGGGCUUCACUUGGACAGUGGAGUACGAGAAGAAGCUGAUUUGGUAUUAUUGCGACGUCGCCUACGAAGGAGUUGCAGCUGCCAAGGACGAGGAGGAGCUCUUUCGUGAGACGGACAUCACGGAGAGUGCCGCCGUCUCUGAGGUGCCGUUCGGCUUGGGAGCAGAGCUUCCAGGCCUGAACUCUGAUGACGAAGCCGACGAUGAUGAGGAAGAUGAUUCUGACGAUGAAGCAGAGGAGACUGCAGAAGCAAAGCCCAAGCUGGGCAAAAGAAAGAGCAAGGACUCGAUGAUGGAGCAGGAGGAGCCCGACGAAGACAUCGAAGGGGUGCCGGACCUCUUGGAUGAGAUCCUGAAGCUCCAGAGCCGAUGCAAAAAGGAAGCAUCGACCUUGACUGGGCACAUCAAGGCUUUGAUGGCGAAGCACGACGAGCUUGCUGAUUUGAAAUCGGCUUACGAUUGCAAUGAGGGCUUCGACUCUGCGAUGACUGUUCUCGCCGGUGUGAAGGCGACUACAGCUGAGCCGAAUGCGAAAGCAGCUGAGACUCCGGCUCCGAAGCGAGCCGCCAAGUCGAAGGCGAAAGGGAAAGCCAAGGCCAAACAGCAGGUUUCUCACGAAAUGGCCGCCGAACUGGCCCACGCAAUCAUGAUUGAGGUGAAUGAUUCUUUUGGGGACGAAGCUACAUUUAAGCUUAAAUCUGCAGAUAUCGUUCAUAAAAUGAGCACUGCCUUCUCCACCGGGCAUUCAGCCGCCGGCACAAGGAAGGCCAUUGCCGUGGCCAGCGAUGCAAGACUUCAUCUUAGCAUACCGGUUACUUUUUUGGAUAUUGGCUUGGAACGGAAACAUCCAGCUCUCCUCUUCAGUUCCUAUGUCAAGACUUUGGCAGAUCUGGGGCAACUGGAAGUUCUACAUGCUAAUGCAGAUCUUGGCAAAUUUUGGGAAACGAUGCAGCCACUGCGGUCUGGCCAUCCGGUGUAUGCUUUGCCUAGGGAAGACUGGGACCGUGUCAUACCCGUGUACUUAAUCGCCGAUGAAGGCCGAGGCUUGAGGCAUUCCGCGGUUAUGGUCAUGGGAUGUGAGCCACUGUUGGGAAACGGUUGCGAGGCCCAGGACGCAGCUACUGCAGCUGAGCCCUUCAAGAUGAACUUCACUGGCAAUACGUACCGUACUCGGCAAUUAUUUAGUGUUCUUCAUAAAACCAAGUACUUGAAAGGCGAGGUGGCUUUGCAUCGGCUAGUGACUCAUUGGAGCGAGGAUCUUCGUUUGUGUUUCGAUGGCAUUCAGUUGUCGGGCACAUUAUGGAGAGUCGCCGUAAUUGGCUUGAAGGGCGAUUGGCCAGCUCUCGAUAAGCUGGGUCGCUUGAACCGUCACUUCCGGCGGGAGGCUUACCCGCACGGACAAGGCAUCUGCCACUUAUGCAUGGCCAACACGGCCGUGUGUCCACAGUGGCACCAGCAUUGCUUUGCCACUCUGGUAGACUUCGAGCUGGUUGGGUCCGACAAAACUGGUGUGGAGCCGAGCCUGGCCUUUCUGUAUGAGGAGAUGAAGGAUUUCGCUGCAAUGAAGGGUUUGUACCUGCACAUGACCGGCCUCACAAAGAAGCUUGUUGGCAUGGCCACUUCUGCUGAUUUUCCUUCAGGGACUCUUGCCUUCCAAAGCAGUUUAUAUGCUUUCCCACUACUUUUGCCUUUCACAUUCAGUGGUUUGCUAGGAGACUAUAGUUUGAAUCCACUGUAA